UAGAUAUCGAUAUGUGGUCCCACACACACAAUCAUUUCCAUAGUAUGUUUAUUUUUAUUGCAAAACGCAUUUAAAAACAAGUAGUAGGUAGGCAGCAAACCGUCGGUUGCUGCUUUAUUGUUCGCAUAAACAAAUCGCACUUCAUGCUGAUAAGUAGUCCAUUAUCAAAAAUGCUCGUUUGCUACAAACAAUAACAGCAGCAAUAAUAAUAUACUGCAUUGAACUUCGAAUCUACAGAACACGAACUUUGUCACUUCUACUCACUCACUCACACACGCACAUACGUAUGCAGUUGAAAGAGUCCGUCGAUGUGGAUGUGAAUCAAUAACAAAAUUCCAGUAGCAGCGACAACAACAACAGCAAUAUCACAAUCUGUUAGAUAUUUACAGCGUCAAUUUUGGGUGUCUGCACUUGCACAAGUUAAUUAGCAAUUUGUUCAGUUAACCAUGGCCAGCAUUGAGGAACGUUUCCAGGCGGCUGUCAACGUGAUCAAAGGACUACCUAAGAAUGGACCCUAUCAGCCCAGCAUGAGCAUGAUGCUCAAGUUUUAUGGACUAUUUAAGCAGGCAUCGGAGGGCAAUUGCUCGCCCAAGAAGCCGGCCUUCUGGGAUGUGGUGGGUCGUGCAAAAUGGGAUGCUUGGAACAGCAAUCGACAUUUGAGCAAAGAACAGGCGAUGCAGCGCUAUGUAGAGAGCCUGCAGGAAAUUAUUGAAACCAUGUCGUUUACGGAGAAUGUGCAAAACUUUGUGGGCAGCCUCGACGGCCUAAGCAACAUCAACUUAGACGAACUGGAGCUGGUAUCGCCUGGCAUGCGUGAACUAGCCGAAUCGCAUCCCAAUUCACCGUUUCAUUCACGCACAAACAGUCCACAGCAUGGCAACAGUUCAAAUGGAAUUGAUGUUGAGGAUACUCCCAUUGCUGCCUCGUCCACAGAGACCUUAACCAAUGGCCACGCAAGUCCACUGACCAAUGGGUUUACAAGCACCAAAGCAAGCAAUGGCUACUCAAUGCACGACUCUAGCAGCAAUAACAAUUACACAAAUAACAGUAGCGUGGCCAUUGUAGAGCCAUCCGAUGAUGAAUACGAUGAUCCCUAUGAAACGAUGCUGCCCCAAGAACUUACACAAGCUAUCACGCACAAUACGGAUCUGCUGCGGCAAAUCCAAAACACAGUGACAAGCAUGAACAGCGAUAUGGCUGCAGUGCAGCAGCGAGUGCGCAGCAUGGAGCAAUCAUUGCUGGAUCUGCGCAAUGCACAAAAGUUACAGGCAAAGAAUGGGCGACAGCAGCAGCCCGCUUGGUGGCCAUUCAAGGAUAUAUCGCCAAUAUGGUUUGCAGUGUUGGUGCUGUGGCCUUUUGUGGUUCGACGGUUGGCGCGACUGGUAGAGAGCAAGCGCCGCUGACGGCGCAAACCAUUAGACUAGCUAAAUUGGUAUGGUAGUUAAAUUAUACUCGCGGUUAUGGGCACGAGCUUUGUGUGGCUUGAUUUUAUUCUCGAAUGCUUUGCACUUCUUGUACAGAGUUGGCCUUGUAUUAGUUUCUUAAGGUUUAUCCAGUUGCAAUAUGUAUAUUUUAUAUAUUAUAGUAUGUGUUAGUCGCAAACGAGACACAAACAUCUAAGCUAUUAGUGGCACAUUCCCCCCUAUCCCAUCAACAUUUAUUUUAGUUAUUAAGUCAAAAGCUUUUUGUUCAUUUUGCCCAGGCUGGGCGCGCUUUUGCCUUGGCCCAUAGCGCUGCCUCUUCUUUUUGUUCAUAGACUGUGGCAAAUGGUUGUAAAAAACAGAAAAAAAACCAUUUAAUUUGUUGCUAAUUAUAAUUUUUGUAAUAAAAUCAUGUAAAAUGCUGAUUAUCACAA